AUGAAGCCAGGAGCAUUUGCAUUGAAUCCGCAUGCAGCAUCAUACGUACCACUCUCCAAAAGAGUGGAUUUUGCUGACAUGGACGGUUUGGUGUUUGUGAAUUCCCCAACACAAGAGAUAAGUUUCUCAGGCGUCGAAGUGUCAAUGCCAAAGAAAUCAUCUGAAAUGGCAUACAAGCAGAUAAAAGAUGACGAUGAUGAUUUGGAUUUGGAUAUGGAGAUGGAUAUAGACAUGGAUAUUGAAUACCUUUUAGUCACAUUCUCCGGUCUCUCACAAGAGUCUAUCACUGAUGUUUACCUCGCUAAUGGCGGUGAUCUCGAAGCAACCAUUGAGAUGCUUAACCAGCUCGAGAUAUACAGCACUGAAGCUGAGGAGAAUCUGCCAGAGACGUUGGAUAUUGGGGAUAUCUCUGAAUUGGGAGCUUCAACAUCAAAAUCUAAGAAUGCAGCUACUGAAGUCGCUGUUGGAUCUUCAUCAUCGGUUAUCCCCAAUGCACCUGUAUCAGCCUGA